AGCGCGGCUGUGCGACCGUGAUUCCGCCCAUCCGACGAGCUCCACCUGCCCGCCGCGGCCCGUGGGUGGGAGGAGGACGCACUCAGAGCCGGCGCGUCAGUCAAAGGGCCGAAGUGGGAAAAACACUCCAGAACAAGUCAAACGUCCUCGAGGGCUGUGCCCAAGCGCAGUCUUGCACGUGCGUUACCUGAUUUCAGGACGGCGUGUGGACCCUCAGCACCACCAUCUGUGACGGUCUGAUGACCAUGGACGUGAUGCUGUGCACGGCCUCCAUCUUCAACCUCUGCGCCAUCAGCAUCGACAGGUUCAUCGCCGUGUCGAUCCCUCUCAACUACAACAGGAAGCACGUGGACCUGCGGCAGUCGGUGCUGCUGUCGGCCACCUGGAUUCUGGCCAUGGCCGUGGCCUCGCCCGUCAUGUUCGGCAUCAACAACGUGCCUGGUCGUGACCCCAGCGAGUGUAAACUGGAAAACGACGACUAUGUUCUCUACUCGUCCGUGUGCUCCUUCUUCAUCCCCUGUCCCAUCAUGCUGCUGCUGUACUGUGGCAUGUUUCGUGGCCUGCGGCGCUGGGAGGAGGCGCGUAAAGCCAAGCUGAGGAACAGCAUCCAGGACUGUCGCAAGCUGCAGAAGGCCGCCGCCUCGCUGCCGCCGCUGGCGUCGCUGCCGCCGCCACUGCCUCCCAUCAUAGAGCGGGAACUGAUUGAUAAUCCGAAUGAACCGUCCGCCUUCCCAUCCGUGGACCGGCCCUUCCACUCAUCGGAGUGCAAGGACGGCCCCGUGCCAACGGUGAGCUUCGCAGAGAUCAGGUUCAACCCCGACCCUCGCAGGAGGAAGAGGGCCAAGAUCAACAGCCGGGAGAGGAAGGCCAUGAAGGUGCUUCCCGUCGUCGUGGGUGCCUUCCUGUUCUGCUGGACUCCGUUCUUUGUCCUGCACACGAUGCGAGCUCGCUGUCAGGACUGCCACGUCCCGCCGGCCCUGAUGAGCGUGGUGACGUGGCUUGGCUACGUCAACAGCGCUCUAAACCCCGUCAUCUACACUGUCUUCAACACCGAGUUCAGGAACUUCUUCAAAAAGUUUCUGCACCGCUGCUGCCCCUAGAACUGCACUGCUGCUGCCGCCGCACGAACGAUUUUGAAACGCGAAACGACCUCUAGAGACGCUAUUGACUGUGGAUUUAGUCUGUGUAUGUUUCCAUUCUUUCCUUCCUCUGUGAGGUUUUUAUUUUUCUACAUGUAACGACAGCAAAGUUUGUUUGAGCUUCAUGUUUCCAGUGAAGAAGCUUCAGUCUGAGGAACAAACUGUUCGGUGGAUCAGCAGCACAUCUACGUCACAUAACAGACAAGAACUGAUUUUAUAUUUGGAAAUUCAUCUUUUCAGAAUAAAAGUUUUCAGUAAAAUGCAGGUUGUAUGUUUGCGGUGCAGUGACGACCACGUGGUCGGGAGUGUAUUUACAAACUAUCUAAUCUUACCACUAGGAUUCCUCCAAAAUGGCACGAAAAGCUCCUAAAUAAGAGUAAUUCACAAAGCUACUGAGAGCAAAUCUGAGUUAAAAAAAAAGAAAUCCUGAGUUAAGAGAAGGCGCGGGGUUGACCCCGCUGAUAUGGUUGACAUGUUUCAUGAAUGAACUACUCACUAUGUCGACACUGCUUGGUGUUUUGACAGCUGACGUGUCUGUGUCAGCGAAUAUAAAUUAUUCAUAAACACACAGGAGCAAGAGGGCCACACUAAAUCACAUGAAUAAAUAGAAAGAUUUCAUCAAGAGAUCAUUGACUUUCUAUGAACUGUGUCACAAAUUUCAUUCAUGAAACAAAGUAAAAUCUUGAUUUGUCAACUAUAGUAGCAUGAAAAACAUUUGGGCACCUCUUGUCAAAAUUUCUGUUACUUUGAAAUAGUUAAUUGAUUACAGGAGGAACUGAUUUCCAAAAUGCAUAAAGCUUAAGACGAAACAUUCUUUUCAACAUUUUAAGUAAGAUUAGUGUAUUAUUUUUC